AUGGCGCUGCCCGGGCCGCCAGAGCCGCCCCGCGGCGCGCCCCGCAAGGCGCCCAGCCUGCUGGAGAUGGGGGCGCUCUGCUUGGACUCGGAGAUCAUCCUGGGCUUCACCAGCCACCUCCUGCGGCGGCGAGCCAAGGUGAGGGCCGGGCGGCCGGACGCGCGGGCGGCGGAGGCGCCGUCCCGCGACUUUGCGGCGCGGCUCCCGCGGCCGAGGGCGCGGCGCGGGGAGGGCGCGCGCGCCGCCGUCUCCCUCGGAGGCUCCGUUCUGAGCCGAGACAGCCAGCAGCGCGGGGAGAGCAGCGCAGGGACCCCGGACCCCGCGGCGGCUCCAGGCCCUGCCGGGCUGUGCGCCCCGGGAACCCGGUGCGGGUUUGAGGGGCGGGCAGCCGGGCUGUUGGCUGGCGACGGCGUGGGGAGUGCCCCGCUGCACCCAGGUGCGGAUGGGGGCUGGCGCCCGUUUUCCUUCGCGCGCUGGGGUGAGAUGCGAGAGUGGAAGAGCUUCCGGCCCCCGGGUCAGUGGAAGGGGUCUGGGGGCUGUGGGAUUGCGGAGACCCGCGGCGCCCGGGGUCUCUCCAGCCUCGGCGCGGAGAGCGCGCGGCGGCCGGCAGGGGGCGCUCGCGCCACGGGAAGCCCGCGGCCGCGCCCUCCGAGCCCGACCCGGGGUUUCUGGCCGUGCGGGGGCCUGGACCCCCAGCCGCCUGCGCCUCACAUGGCGGCGACCCUUCGGGCCGGGCUGGAGCGGGAGCAACCGGUCGCCGAGCUAGGGGGCGACCUCUCAGCCGGAGACAAACAGGCAAUUAAUUCCGCAGCCAAGUUCCCAUCUGCCAGGCCGGCCGACAACAGGUCCCGCGCGCACCCCGGGGCCGGCCGCGCCGCCUCCCCCCGCCCCCCGGGCGCACGGCGCGCACACGCACCGUCCUGCACACGCGCGGCUGCCAAGACACGCGUGCCGCUCGCAGACUGGCCCCGAGAGAGACACCCUGGCGCAGGCACGCCCGUUCCGAGGCCCGGACCGCGGCACGCUCACCGCGUGCGACGGUUACACCCGAAGGGCGGCGCGCGGGGGGCGCUGCGCUCGCGGGAAAGGGAAGGCGCAUGCGCGCAAGUGUACCGAGACUCUCACGGGGGGCCCAGCGCCCCUCCCUCGGGCCGGGACUCGCCUAACAGGUCGGGGUCCUCGGAGCGGGAGGGGCCGCGCGGCGACGAGGGCCCCCUCCCCCACGCGCAGGCGGGCGGAGGGCUUGGGCGGGGCGGGACGGCCUUCCUGGAGUCCGGCUCCCCGGCCCCGCCCCCGCCCCGCCCCCGCCCCGCCCCUCCCUCGCCCCCCCUGCACGCCCGCCGCAGCCGCUGCCGCGCGCUCUGCUCCCACUCGCCCGCGCCGCCAACUUCGGAGCGGCGGGCCGGACCAUGGGGGUGCCGCCGGGUCGGAUCACGUAGCUCCGGCGACCCCGGAGAGCCCUCGCGGCCCGCAGCGCCCUCCGGCCUCCCGGCGUCCCGGCCAUGGGCGGCCGCGGCUCCCCGCUGUGCACGGCACCACCCGCGGUACGCGCGGCCCGGCCCCGAGACGGAGUCCGGGACACCGGGGACGCUCGCGGGGUGCGCCGCGCCCCCUGGGGGCCGGGCCUGGAGCGGGACGCUGGGGUCGCCGGGCCUCCCGCUGGGAGGGACCCCGACCCAGCCCUCCCGCGAUGGAGGGCGAGGGCGGGCGGCAGGUUCGCGCCCCGCGCUCCUAACUUUGUCGCUUCACUGCGGAGCGGGGGCGCGCCGCGACCUGGAGCCGCCGGUGGCCGAGGGCGGCCCGGCCCGCGAGCAGCUGCAGCUGCUGGAGAUGUCUCCCCGCAAGAGGCUGCCCAACGGGCCCGAGCAGGACCCGCGCGGCAGCCGCCCUGCGCCCGAGGGCGCCGGCCCGGGCGCCGAGCGGGGCCACUUGGCCGGCGGAGGCGGCUGGUGCCACCACUGCCACACGAAGCUCGCCGAGCUCAAGCGGCAGGCGUGGAAGCUGGUCGGCGGGCCCGGGACACCCCUCCGGAGCCCCAGCCUCCCUGCACGAUCUGGCCCGUGCCCUGCCCUGAUCUCCCUGCGCCUCCCGGGUGCCCCCGCCUCCGAGAAGUCUGCUGGGGUCUCGCAACACGUCCCUCGAAGGGACCAAAGCCUGGCCUUCCUCUUCUGCCACAGCGAGUGCCCCCAGCUGAGCGCCUUGCUCUGUCCUUAA